CAUGAAGGGAUCCUUUCCUCCCAUCAAAGAACCCACACAGGAGAAAAACCAUAUACAUGCACAGAGUGUGGGAAAAGUUUCAGUUGGAGCCACCACCUUACUUCAUAUCAAAGAACCCACACUGGAGAGAAGCCAUAUAAGUGUCUGGAGUGUGGAAAGAGUUUCAGUCGUAGUGAAAGUCUUACUUCACAUCAAAGAACCCACACAGGAGAGAAGCCAUAUAAGUGUCUGGAGUGUGGAAAGAGUUUCAGUCAUAGUGGAAGUUUUACUUCACAUCAAAGAACCCACACAGGAGAGAAACCAUAUAUAUGCCUACAGUGUGGGAAAAGUUUCAGUUGGAGGCACCACCUUACUUCACAUCAGAGAACCCACACAGGGGAGAAACCUUAUAAGUGUCUGGAGUGUGGAAAGAGUUUCAGUCGUAGUGAAAGUCUUACUUUACAUCAAAGAACCCACACAGGAGAGAAACCAUAUAAGUGUCUGGAGUAACAUCUUACUGCACACCAAAGAACCCACACAGGGAAGGAAACAAAAAUGUAUGAAGUGUGGAAAGAACUUCUGUCAUAGCAAAAGCAUUACUUUGUAUCAGAUGAAGUGGCUGCAUCAUGGCCCUACCUUCAGACUGUGUUCCUGGACAUUAUCCCUUCCCCUAGAAGCUGUUGACAUGGACUCUAACAUAAACAGUAAGCAAGGUUCAUUACUGACUGGCCUGUUUUGCCUCUUUAAUACGAAGAAGGGUAUUCCUGUCUCACAUUAGCUUAUACUAUUUGGGCAGAUGCAAGUCACUAAACCUUGUGGCUAAUGUUACUAGAUUGCAACCUGCCCUGGGACCUGAUGGUAAAGGAAAGGUAUUAUUAUAGGCCCACUAGUCUUUUAGCCUGAGUAGAUGCGGGGACAGAGUUGACUUCUGUGCUUGUUGCAGGGUUUGAUCGUGUUCUCUGUUUCUCUGUUGAGUGGAUCAUCAUUGCAGAUAAGCUGUUGUUUCAAAUUAGGGUGUUUGUCAACAAGGAGAAGCCUCUCCCUGAAGCCCUGAGCAAAGGAGGUGGAAUGUUAAGAUGACAGUUACAAAAGGAACACUACUUAACAUCUUAAUAUUCAAUCGAUUUAAUGCAUUUUACAUUUAAUAUUUUAGUACUGAGUUUUGUAGUUGUUUAUAUGUUUAAUUAUGUUUAGGUAUUUUUGGUAUAAUUUUUAAGUUUAAUAUAUGUUUUUAAAUUGUAUAUUGGAUGUUAUAUGUUGU